CGCAGAAGACAUUAAUCGGCUUGUUAUGUUUUCUUUUGGAUCCAGCUGAUAACAUAUUCAUGUGAAACGCCUAGAAAUUCACUCAAUAAGUCAGUCAGUUGAUCUUGCCGGCAGACAACAGUCAGCUUCACAAAUCACUGUCAACCUCAAUCACACGACGCCAACAGUUUGAAUCUAAUUAGUGGUAACGAUCGAAUAAUCGGCUAUUGAUCCAUGCACUUGGAAAUUAUGAACAUUUCAUAUCUGUUAUUUAUGGCACGAUCUUAUCAAUACAAUGGCGAGUACAUCGAAUGCAGCGGCUCCAGUGGUGAGCGAGAAUAAUAACCCUGAGAAGGUUGUUACGAGUACUCCCGGUCCGAAACAGAAUUGUCCAGCGGAGCUGGUUGGUGUUGCUACGGAGACAGGAAGUAACACGGCACCAUGUUCAGAGGAAGCAGUGGAGGUCAAGUCCACAGUGGUGGAGUCUAAUCCUGUCUCGGAGAAGUCCACCGUUGAAAACUCUAAGACUACCGCUGAGGAGGCUACCUCACAGGGGUCUAAAGACACUGCAGAGGAGUCUAAUCCUAUAUCAGGGGAGUCUAUUUCUACCUCAGGAGAGUCUGUAUUUACCUUAGUGGAGUGUAAACCCACCAAUGACAUGGGCAACAGCUCAGAGAAGACUAGUGUGAAUACCGGUAUAGAGCUUAGUGCCAAAAUUUCAGAACAAAGUGAGCAAAUCGAACAGUCGUCUUUCAAUUUGAUAGAGAAUUCAGAAGAGGCAACGUCUAGUGGAAGUUCUACUCAGAAAGCACAGCCAUCAAGUCCAAAUCAAAAGGGCCGAAAUGUUCAAUUUGCAAAGAACGGACACGGGAAUGUCGUGGCUGAUUGUGCUCCAGUCUCUGGGGAGCCCAUCAAACCUUCAAAUGAUGAGUACAGUGUGGAGCGACCGUUUGUCAGUACAUUAGGCGCUCAACCAGAGCGUUCUCCGCAGACUGUUCAAUCGGCAACGAACGGCCAACCAGAGGAAGAUGGGUUUCGGAUGCGUACUCCUGGCUUGCAUGGGCGGUCGUACAGUGAGAGGGGAUCAGGCAUGCUCGGGAGACGGACACAGUCUGUGAUAGUCAAUGGCUCUGAUGACAGCACCGAGUUUGAAGUUCGUCGCCGGAGUGGCUCAGUGUUAGAGGUGAAGGAACAAGCCUACACGAGACUGAAAGAAGAGCUCCAUAGUGCUCAGCUGGAGUUGCAGCUAAAGGACAAGGAGUGUGAGAAGUUGAGUCGAAUUCAGGGACAGAUGGAGAGGGAAUUGGAAGAUUUAACGGCCAGUCUCUUUGAGGAGGCCAACAACAUGGUACAGGAGGCCAAUAUCAAGCGAAUGCACACAGAGAAACUACUUAGAGAAGCGAAUUCUAAGAUUGAGGUCUUGGAGGCAGAAGUGGCUGCGCUCAAAACCCUUGUCAUCACGUCAACACCAAGUAUGCCCAAUAGACACCUACAUCCUCAGAUUGACACAAAAACAACAAAGGGAACGGAAAAAUUUGUCAAAAGUCAUAAACGGUCGACUAGUCACCAUGAUUUCAAGAAAGAAAUGGAAACAUUGGAUGUCAUCACGAUCGACACCGACAUUGAUCCACACCAGAAGAAUGAGGAGAACCGAGAGAUCGAUCCCGUGUAUUAUCAGGAGUUCAAAACGUGGAAGACGAACCCUGGUCUUGAUGCCUCUCAUGCCUUCUUACAGAGAAUCAUCCAUGAAGAUAUACUCCCUUGUCUUAACUUUGCAAAUCAAGAGCUUUCACAAGACGUAUUUGACAGCGUGCGAAAUAAUGUUUUAAACGUAGAACUAAUACCAGGAAAGAACUCGUUCCCGAGGCGAUGUGCCUUGUUAGAUACCACCAAAUUGUGCCAAUACAGAAUCAAGCUGCGGGACACGGGACCCUGGCAUUUCAUAUCCCAGUUUGCUAGGAACAGAAUAACAACAGUCUGUGAUUUCUAUACUUACAUCAGAUAUAUACAGCAAGGACUGGUGAAAAGUGACGAAUCAAGCAUUUACUGGGAGAUUAUCAGAUUAAGAAAACAGAUGGCCAUGGCUCGGUUAGGAGUGAUGAGUUGAAUGAGGCAGGGCCACGUUGUUAAAAGACUUUCAUGACUAUAAGGAUCGGUGUCAUUCUGUGAGACGGGUGCUGUUCUCACCAUUCGUAGGUACUAGCUUGUAUCUCUGUGGGAUUACAUGGGAUGUGAACAGGAGGUUCAGAGCACGGCCAGUGGAGAGAGGGAGAGCUCUCGGGAGAUGGAAGAAUCCAAACCAGUUACUGAGGUGGUGACCUGACCAAUCUCUCCAGGCCCGGGAGACAUCGAGGAGGAUGUUGGAGACGUGGGUUAUGAGAAAUGCGGUUGGUUUUGUCGAGACAUAGAUCGAGUUAACAUUGGGGAUUUGUUUUGAAGUGGAGCAAGACCAAGCAAUGUGGAUUCUGUCAACUUUGUACAGAUUUGAUGUGACGAGUUUGUGACAUGACUUAUGUGGCAUGGUGUAUCAAGUGUGGUACCUGCUGUGAAGGUAGACCUGUCUGUGCCGAAUGGAAUACGGUACUGCCCUGUGUGCCUACUUCUUGUACUCAGGACAGGACUGUCUUGUUUUCUUUGUGGUUGACAUUCUCUUGAUAUCGUGUAUAUAAGAGGCAAUGUAAAGCAUUCCUGUGGAAGUGCACUUCCGUGUUUCACUUUCACUUGAGAUAUCUUCUCAACUGAUAUGGACUACAAGAGAAGUGUUUUAACCUGAGUUCUUGUGCAUGGAAAGGUCCAUAUGACAAGUAUUACGAAAAACCCCACCCAGAACGCACACUUUGUAAGUGGAAAACAACAUAUUUUGUUCAAACCUUGUUUUUCGACACGUUUUCAAUCUUGCCUUCUUGAGUAUUUAAUUAUUCUGAUGGAGUGAAGAUCAAGUCAGUAUUUGAAAGUUUACAGGAUCUGUCUUCAGUUGUGAGGUGUUCUUUUGGAUAAAACUGUUGACAUGAUAAACGCUUACAAAACAAAAUCUUAACUUACAUGCUGUGUUUACUCUGAGUACUUCAUAGAGUCCGAGUCCAUUCGAGAUACUUAUAUGCGUUGAUCAAAAAAAUUUUGGUAUUUGAAAAUGUAUUGGUGAUGCGUGCAUCUCAAGUCUAUUUUGCAUAUUUUUUCCAUUUUUUCAAUCACAGAAUUAGUUUCAUGUGUGUAUUACAAACUAAAUGAAAUAGGAUUAGCUUUGUUCACCAAUUUUUUUUAGAUUAUUUUGUAAAUAUUCUAAUUAUUUUCUAGCGUGCAUGGUGCUUACUGUGAAAAUAGUACAUAAUAUUAGGUACGUGUAGUUAGAAUUGAUUUUAUGAGGUCGUUUCAUUUUAAGCAAAUGUGAAGUGUACGAGUCUAAGUCUUAAACUAGGGUGGAAUAAGUGAUUAGUCAUGCAAUAUGGUAUCACCUCAGACGAAGUCCUAAAAAACAAAAUGUUGCAGACUUCUGCCUUCUGGGAUAGUUUCAAGGGGGACUAUAGGCAGGAGCUAGUAAUUUUAUGAUAAAAAUUGCCUCAGGUCGGAAUGCUUUAAAAAUACCUAAAAAACAAGCAAGGUUAGGAAUGCAUCUUGUUCACCCUGUAUAUAAUGUAUGUGUACAUGUAUUGGUAACUUGGACCAUAUUCUUUGUGUGUGUUUUUCAACUGUUGUGUGCAUAACCAAGUUAACAGUUUCGUUUAGAUAGUUUUCAAUUGAACGGCUGUGAUAAUGUCGUUAGGUGCUCGUUAAUCUGACCUCUAUAUCAUCUAGUUCUUGCAGAUGCCUCUAGGGGUCAGUGCAUUUUAUCACUUGAUAGUAGUGUGCCAUAAUGGUUUGACAUUGAGUUAUUUUCGAUUAACAUUUUUGAUUUUCACAUAUUUUCUAACCUUGAUCUUAUAAUGCAAGCGCACAUCAUGUAGGACUUAUGAUACUUGCCUCCUUGACGGGUGAGCUCGUCACUGUCUAUUGUAACUGAUCAAAGUAACAACCUACACCUAAUACAUGUACAGCUCAAUCGGACUGUAUUACCUGGAACUAAAAUUCACACUUUGAUAAUGGGUCACUCAGUGUUAAAAUGCUACCCGUGUAGAAGAACUGGGCUAGUCAAAACCGCCUCAAAUUUAAUCUAUUGUCCAUUAUAUCUGUUGGUAAAGCUUAAUUUGGUAAACUUUUUUGUGCUGCACAUUCAAAUGUGGAGUUUGUUGGUCUUAAGGCAUGCGUAGUUAGCUUCUUCUUUUGAUUGUAUGCAUGGUAAUCAUUGAUACUGUAAUAGAUAUGCAUGUUGAUGUGAUGAUUUGAACUGCUGUAGAAUAACCAGGUAUAAUUUGCACCCUUGGCUUCAGUCCCUGAUACUCGGACGCUUUUGCCGCACGAUAGCGAAAAACCUUUCUUCAAUUGUUUCUUUUUUAUAUCUAUUUCAAGCAUGUUUACACGUUAUUUUGAAUGUAGUCCAUCUCAAUGCAGUUUGGUAGACUGUUAAAGCUGUCCUGAGAGAAGUCUCUUGUCUAAACUUCAAGCUGUAUUGUCUCUGUGGCCACAUGUGAUUACUUUGUGAAUCAAAACAUAAUAGAAAUCCUGUGUUAGUAUGUUUAUGGGUAUUGGGGUGUUAUUGUCAGAAAGAGGAUUUAGCUUGUCUGGUUAUUAUGAUGUUCACCGUGCUCCCAUUCUCAUGAUGCUUGUUCAGACAACCUGGGGACGUAUGCUGUGUGGGUCAGCUCGGCAGAAGACCUCUUUGUCUUGAUUUCAUGAAGUAUCAAACAGUUGGUGAGUCCCAGGUACGGUGGGGUUUUAGUCGGACAAUCACUCGUAUGAUAAGAAGGCAAUAUAUUGAUCAUCUCUUGUUAAUACUGUUCAUCAUAUAUACAUUGUAAUUAUAUUUUAUUACCGAAUGAUUCUAUAUACAUGUACCAUGAAUUAUGUAUUAAACCUGAAAUAAAUGAUUGUUUUUGAAGCGAA